UGUUUCGUUUAUCAGCAAAAAAUUUCACAAAUAUUUAAAAUAGUGUUUUCACUACUUUAAUACAAACCAAAAUGUUUUAAUUUUUUAGCCAGUUGCAGCUGUUUGAAUAGGUAUAACCUUUGAUCAGUUUCGAUUAUUACCCUGCUGAAGAAAAAAUAUCUUGAGAACAUUUCGAAACAACGUUGAAAAUGAAAACUAAUUCUCUGCUGAUGACAUUUAUCUUCUAUAUCAUUUGCAUGGGACCAUUCGUUGAUUCUGUCGCCAACAUACCAAAAAUUGGGUCCAUUUUGGUGGGCGAAAAAUCCGAUGACAAAGUCGAAUACAGAAUUGGAGUUUUGGCGCCAGAUGAUAACGACUACACUGUUUCGCCAAUGUCUCUAAACUCAACAGUAGUCGCGGUCAAAUACAGCCUCGAAAAACUUGGCAAAUAUUUUUUACCUGGCUUCUACUUUAACGUCAGUUAUGCUGACAGUAAAUGCGCUAACAAGGCUUCAUCAGUCGCUUCGACGUUGAUGUAUACGGAAUUCAGAGUUCAAGCUUUUUUUGGGCCAAUGUGUACAACAGUUCUGCCUUGGAUCACAAGAUUAUCUGAUAUUUACAGCCUCAAUUCGAUGACGGUUGGUUGCCAUAGCAAAGCAAAUGGAGAAUUUUCAAACACUACAGUACGUUUAAUGUCACCUUAUACAUAUAAUACCGACUCAGAAGUGGAUAACUACCCCGAUUUUUACAACGCAGUUACCACAACAUUUGCUCAUUUUGGGUGGGGAAAGGACCUGGCCUUGAUUAGUAAAUACUACCUACCCCAAAAGCAACUCGAUGACGUCGAUUCGCUACCCGCUAGAUCGUUUUAUCUAGAAUGGACCAGGCAAAACGCUGGCGUCGGGAUCGAGUCGUUUAUGCUUGGUCUUGAACCUGAAGUAUUGUUCGAUGGUACAGAGAAACUAAACGAAUUAACCAAACAUCAAUUAAUGUUCGCGUCUUGGACCAGGGUACUGGUUCUAGGCUUGAGUCCAAAUAUUAUGAGACAAUUCUUGUACCAAGUUUUUUGCGUUAGAAAUGACGAGUUCAACAUAGCCGAAUACGCAAUAGUUUAUAUGCAACCUGGCUACAUAACAGAAACCAAUAUUGAGAAUCAACUAUGGCGAGAUCCUGAAUUACAUGUCGCGCACGUGCAAAAUUUCUGCUUGAAAAAAGUGUUCAGACACGUUUUGAUUUUCAAACACGAGAAUUUAUUCGAAGGGCAGCUCAAAAAAUAUGAAAAGAUUAGAAGCGACUUUAAAGCGGAAUGCAAUCAAAGUGUUUUCAACAGUUGUUCAAUACCCGAUUCGGCUUCAUAUUUACAGUAUGUCGCGGCAACAUACGACGGAACAGAGCUCCUGUUGAAAUCAAUCAACCAAACUUUAUCCGAGUAUCGAGAUAACGAAGAAAUACGUGGAAACACUUUGUAUGCAUUCGUGAAUGACAAAACUUUUUACAGCGAAAACUUCGCAGCGGACCCUCGGGUCAUUUUCAACAGUGCCGGUGAACGACUAAGCCGAAUGAACCUAUACCGCAUGGAAGAUGUUUCAACGGGAACAUUUUCAGUUCACGUUACUUUUAACCUGGACGGAACAAACGUGACCACGGGUCCCGGGGUUCCUUGGAUCGGCUACGCAGUUCCAAAUAGCCCACCUGACGUGAUUCGAGCCAGUCAAUCAGUCAGCAAAGCGCUUCCAAAUUAUGCGGCGAUUUUCUUUGUUAUGUGUUUGGUGGUUCUAGUCAGCGUAAUUUUGGUGUUGUCGUUCCUCCUGUACCGAAAGUUCAAAGGAAGAGGCGUUCUGAGAUUCUCGGAGCUCAGAGAGUCUUUAGCCACGGCAAAUUAAAAUGCGCAUCCAGAAACGACCCAGAGAAAAUAUUGAAGACGGUUUCGAUAUUCACAAAAACAUGACAAUAUUAAUCACCCAUUAGUAGUUUAGCCAUAAUAAGUUAGGGCUCUUUUCCA